UCGGGGGGAUUAGGAGAUUGAAAUUUGGUAUAAAUAUUAACACCGUUCUUUUUUUCUAAAAAACGGAAUCUCCACUUCUCGAACCUGAUAAUCUUGCAUUAAAAAACAAAUCCAUAUUAGGACCUCUGGUCCUCUAAUAAUAAUGGUCUUAAUUCGGUGCACUUUUUGGUGAUGACUUUAUGUCCAACACAUCUCAGCCGUUUAUCCCGCAUACUUUUCCAAACCCAGCACUUCUUUCCCACCAAAUCCCACUCUCUGAUUUCCACUUAAUCACAGUCUGACUCCCCUCUCUCUGUCAAAUCACUUCCAUUUCUUCACCAAAAAAAAAAAGAAAAAAAAUAUGAUGCUUUCCCUAAUUCCAUUUUCGUUGAUUUGUGCCCUUCUUUUGUGCUUGCCGUUGGCCGUCGUCUUCACCGUCAACAGCCCAACGGCCGCCACCACCAACUCCGCCAUUGCCAGAGAUCUCUCCAAAUCCCAACAAUCUCUCUUCCCAUCGCCUUUCUCCUCCUCCGCCGCCAAAUCUCACCGAAAACUCGACGUCAAAUCCCUCCCUCCUCCGCCACCUCCGCCGGAGGACGACGAUUCGCUAUUCCGACUCGCCUCCGGAGUCAACUCGCGGCCUUUCCCCCGCACGGCACCGAAGAAGCUGGCCUUCAUGUUCCUCACCACAUCUCCUCUCCCCUUCGCUCCUCUCUGGCAACUCUACUUCAACAAAACCCCCAAAACCCUCUUCAACGUCUACAUCCACGCCGACCCGACCCGGAAUUACGACCCGCCCUUCUCCGGAGUCUUCUCCGGCCGCGUUAUUCGUUCCGAGCCCACGAAACGUCUUUCCCCUACCCUGUCCGCGGCAGCGCGUCGUCUGCUCGCCCACGCGCUACUCGACGACCCGUCGAACGCGAUGUUCGCGCUUCUCUCUCCUUCCUGCGUUCCGCUUCACUCCUUCAACUUCACCUACGAAACCCUAGCGAGGUCGAAGAAGAGCUUCAUCGAGAUUCUGGACAACGAGAUCGGGAGCUACGACAGGUGGACGGCGCGUGGACUGGACGCGAUGUUACCGGAGGUGAAGCUGGAGGACUUCCGGAUCGGGUCCCAGUUCUGGGUGCUGACACGUAAGCACGCGAGGAUUGUCGUUAGCGACAGAAGGCUUUGGUCCAAGUUCGGAUUGCCGUGCGUGAGGCUGGACACGUGCUACCCGGAGGAGAAUUACUUUCCUACCCUUCUCGCCACGCGCGACCCUCGCGGGUGCGUGCCUGCCACGCUCACGCACGUGGACUGGAGAGGCUUAACGGACGGCCACCCGAGGACUUACAUGGCGGCCGAGGUGGGGCCCGAGCUGAUCGCUUCCCUCCGUAGCGACAGGCCGAGGUACGGCGAUGAUGUUGUUGAAACGAACGGCUCUGAUUCGUCGGUCGGAGAAAGGGAAAGGGAAAAGGAAAGUCGAAGGCGAGAUCCUUUCCUGUUUGCGAGAAAGUUCGAACCGGACGCGAUCGGGCCGUUGAUGAGCAUAGCCCGUGACGUCAUUCUUAGGGAUUAGAGUUUGACAUAAAUGGGGGUGUGUUUGUAAGUAAAUCUCUUGUAAUUUUACGGAUAACAAUUUUACUUAUAAAAAGGGAAA